GAGGUUCUAACUUCCCUACCCCCCCUAUAUCCUCUAUCCCAGCCCAUCCCAAACGACCCUGCUGCACCACCAAGAAAACUAGACACCACACCCACUAGCCAACUCCCACGCUUCCAAUUCCUCUGGCCCCGACCGGAGAAAUCUCAGUGCCUGCAUUGAACCACACAAUGCAACUCCCCUUCCCCCCCACACUCCUAUCCUUCAAAGAUACCCUUCAAUCUCCAAACCUGAUUAGCAUGCGCCGCAUCGUCAAUCUCCUAAGCCUUUGUCCUGUAUGUAUCUGUGUAUGUAUCCAAGCCUUGUCAGCCCAAAAAUCCUUUACAAAUAAAAAGCUCCCCGCUUCUUCGACCACAUCCCACUACUUACCUUCUCCCAUGCCCACGCAGAGCAUGCUUUGGCAUAGUCGUCACCAACUAUUCAUUCCUAUACCUGAUUCUCCCAAGAACUCGAUAGCCUACAUACAUAUCUCUAUAUAUUCUCUCAAUCCUCUCAUUCCCUGCCCGCCUUCCUUUUCUUCCUAGGGUCAUCCUCUUUUACAUCGUUUCAGGAAUCACAAUUGGGUGUCCAGUCACUAAG